AUGGAAUAUCUUGUUCCUCCAUUUAAAUUAACAGAAUCUACGAAUGGAACUAAUGGGUCCAUGUUAGUUGGUGAUUGUGGGGAAAUAGAAAGUCUCAGUCAUCAUUUGAAGAUACAAGAGAUUCAAUGCGAUAUUAUUAGUAGCUGCAACUCUGCUGAUUACCCACUCUGCAAUAAUUGCACCGAUAGUCUCUUAUUACUAUUGGAUCAACAGUUAAGGAUGACAGAAGGAGAAUGUUCAGAUUAUAAUGAAUAUCUAAAGAAAUUAGAAAUAGAACAACAGCAACAGGGUCAUCAGGAUAUUGAGAUGGAGACACUUACAAAAGAACUUCAAGAUGUUUGGUUAGCGGAAAAGGAAAUGAUUAAUGAAUUAGAAGCAUUGAUGAAAGAGGAAAUGGCAACCAGAAAUGCAAUAGUUCAACAAGAAAGAGAUAAUGAAAGAUUGCAUAGUGAAGAACAAAGAUAUUAUAGGAAAUAUUCAAGAUACAAAUAUGAUCUCAUAUUGGCUGAAGAUGAAUGUCACAGGCUGGAAUGUCAACUAACCUAUGCAACAUCUCAGCUAGAGAAACUGAAGAGAACAAAUGUAU